AUGGAGGAAGUUUCUGAUGCUAAAGAUCCUAAACGUGGAACAAUUGAAUCAUUUUUUAGUUUACAAACUAAUAAAAAACAAAAAUCUGAUUUUACAUAUGCACAACAACCAGAUUCAAUAUCUUCAUCUUCUUCGAAUAAUCAACAACAACAAAUUCAUUCAUCUGCCUCUGAAUCUUCUCUCAAUCAAAGUGAUGCAUUUGUUCGUGGUUUCAACAGCUGGAAACAUGCUUUUGGUGGUAAACAAGGAUUCUUCAAUCAUCAAAACACUCAAUGUCAUAAAGCAGCUGAGAUCAAUUACAAACAAUAUAUUGUACGUACAAAAUCUGACUCAACUGUUGUGCAAGUAUUAGGCAAAUCGAGAAAUGAAUUAAUAAAACGUAAUCGUGAGAAGUUAAUCAAGAUCAUCUCCACAUUACAUCUAUGUGCUCGUCAAAUGAUUAGCUUACGUGGACAUGAAGAAGGUGAAUUAGGAAAUUUCAUCGAAAUAUGGCAAUGGACUAGUAUUACCGAUUCAAUUUCUUUAUCUGUCCUUGAAGAUAGUGAUCAAAAUGCAACCUAUCUUAGUCCACUUAUACAAAAUGAAUUAAUUUCACUUUUAGCGAAUCAAGUUCGACAACAAAUAUCGAACAAGAUUAACGACCGUAUGUUUUUAUUAAUGGCUGAUGAGACACGUGAUGUUUCAGGCCAUGAACAACUUAGUAUAGUCGUACGUGUUGUUGAUCGUGAAGUUAAAUCAAAUACUGAUUCAAAUCAGCAAUUAUCUUUAUUCAAAGAAUAUUUCCUUGGAUUUAUUAAACUUGAUCAAUUUAAUGCUGAAACACUAACUAACGAAAUUGUUAGAUUUUUAUCUUCUUUAAAUAUUGAUUUAAAAAAUUGUAUAGCUUUAUGCUUUUAUGGAGCAUCAGUGAUGUCUGGAAAAAAUGCUGGUGUUCAAGCUUUAUUGUGUCAACGAUACAUUCCAAAUGGAAUCUAUGUGCAUUGCCAUGCACACAAAUUGAACCCUGUUAUAUGUGAUGUUACAAAAACAGUUCCAUAUUCAUCAGAAUUCUAUUCGAUCAUUAACAAAAUUUAUACAUAUUUUCAUGGAUAA